AUGGCUAUACCAGCAAACAAUAAAUACAAGUUCUAUAAAGUUCGGCCUAUAUAUACUGCCAUCCGUAACAGACGUCUGGAGUUAUCUAUGGAGGAAGAGCUCGCUGUUGGUGAGACAAUGAUCCCACUCACAGGGAAGCUGUCAGUAAAAAAGUAUGUGAAGGGAAAGCCUUCUCCGUGGGGUAUCAAAAUGUACAUGUUAUGUGGUGAGAGUGGAGAAGCCUAUGAUUUUAUUCUUUAUCAGGGAGCAUCGACUGAAUUUCAGAUAUCUUUGUUGAAGGAAUUUGGCCAAGGUUCAACAGUAGUUUUACAAUUAGCCCAGAGAAUAAAAAACCAAAUGGGGCAUAAGAUAUAUUUUGACAAUUUCUUUUCUUCAUACAAGCUUUUCCAAGCGUUGAAACAAGAAAAAAUUUGUGCUACUGGAACUGUCAGAGCUAAUCGUUUUGCAAAUCCUCCUCUAAUACCAGAUAAGGAGGCAAUGAAAAAGGAAAGAGGAUUUACAGAAGAAAUUUGUAGCGCAGAUGACAUAACACUAGUAAAAUGGGUUGACAAUAAAACAGUUGUUCUAGGCUCUAGUUUUAUUGGAAAAGGAGAAAUUGACAAAGUUGAACGCUGGGACAAAAAAGAAAGUAAGUAUGUUACUAUCGAUCAGCCAGAGAUUGUAAAAUGCUACAACCAUGGCAUGAGCGGAGUUGAUCUUUUUGAUCAAUUGACGUCAUACUACAGAAUUUUUAUAAAGUCAAAGAAAUGGACACUCAAAGCUAUUUUCCAUGCUGUAGAUUUUGCUGUGGAACAGAGGUGGCUCGAAUACAGGAAAAAUGCCAGUGCAAUUGGUCUGCCAACGAAGAAAAUAAUGGAUCUCCUACACUUCUGUAUGAAGCUGGCUGAUGUUCUAGUGUUAAGUGGGAUGGAUCCCUCGAAUAGAAAACGAGGCCGACCAUCUGCCACACCUCCAGAUACAUCUGUUCAAAGACGACGAGGAGAAACUAGGCCUCCUGAAGAGGUUCAGUAUGAUGGAACAACACUUGCCUCUUCAUGA